AUGCUAGGGCUAGGGCCGGGCCCGGACAGCGAGUUCCAGACCCCCGACGCCGAGGUCUACAUGCACUUCAUGAGGAGCCACUGCUGCUACGACGCCCUCCCCACCAGCUGCAAGCUUGUCGUCUUCGACACCACGCUGGAGAUCAAGAAGGCCUUUGUGGCACUCGUGGCCAACGGGGUGCGGGCGGCCCCGCUGUGGGACAGCAAGUUACAGACCUUCGUGGGGAUGCUCACGAUCACCGACUUCAUCAACAUCCUGCACCGCUACUACCGCUCGCCCCUGGUUCAGAUCUACGAGGUGGAGGAGCACAAGAUUGAGACGUGGAGAGAGGUGUAUCUGCAAGGCUCCUUCAAGCCGCUGGUCUACAUCUCCCCGAGUGACAGCCUCUUCGACGCCGUCUACUCCCUCAUCAAGCACAAAAUCCACCGGCUGCCCGUGAUCGAGCCCGUCUCGGGGAACGUCCUGCACAUCCUCACGCACAAGCGCAUCCUCAAGUUCCUCCACAUCUUUGUGAGUGCGGGGACCGGACCACGCUUCCUCAAGAAGACGGUGCAGGAGCUGUGCGUGGGCACCUUCCGCGACGUGGCCGUCGUGCCCGAGUCCGCGCCCAUCUACACGGCGCUGGAGAUCUUUGUGGACCGCCGCGUCUCCGCGCUGCCCGUUGUCAAUGAUGCAGGGCAAGUGGUGGGCCUCUACUCAAGGUUUGAUGUCAUUCACCUGGCAGCCCAGAAGACCUACAACAACCUGGACAUCAGCGUGCGGGAGGCGCUGCGGCGACGGACCAUCUGCCUUGAGGGGGUCCUUAUCUGCUACCCCCACGAAACCAUGGAGGACAUCAUCGACCGCAUCGCCAAGGAGCAGGUCCAUCGCCUGGUGCUGGUGGAUGAGAACCGGUACCCGCGGGGCAUCGUCUCCCUCUCCGACAUCCUCCAGGCCCUUGUGCUCACGCCCGCAGGUAUUGAUGCUCUAAACUCUUAGCCCACGGCGCUCCAUCUUUCUCCAUUUG